UCCUCUCCUCGUUCCCGGCCGCCGCGGGUGCGAUGAGCACCGCCCGGUCUCAGCGCGGCCCGCGGGCCCUUUAAGGCUCCCGCCCCGGCCCUGACGUCACGGGGCGGGUGUACCCGGCACCGCAGCUCCGCGCCCGCAGCUCCCCCUCCAGCAGUGCCCGAUGACCAUCCCCACCUGACGCCGCCACCAUGGCUGGGGUGCAGGGCUGUGUGGAGGGGAAGAUUGCGGGGCUGUACGACCUGGAGCGCACGCUGGGCAAGGGUCACUUUGCGGUGGUGAAGCUGGCACGGCACGUCUUCACUGGACAGCGAGUGGCCGUCAAGGUGAUUGACAAGAGCAAGCUGGCAGGAGAAGCAGCCGGGCAGCUCCUGCAAGAGGUGCGCUGCAUGAAGCUGGUCCAGCACCCCAACGUGGUGCGCCUCUACGAGGUCAUUGACACACACGCCAAGCUCUACCUCAUCCUGGAGCUGGGUGACGGAGGGGACAUGUUCGACCACAUCAUGCGGCAUGAGGGUGGGCUGGCCGAGGCACGGGCCAAGCACUACUUCGCCCAGAUUGUCCACGCCAUCUCCUACUGCCACAAGCUCCACGUGGUGCACCGCGACCUCAAGCCCGAGAAUGUCGUCUUCUUCCAGGAGCAGGGAGUGGUCAAGCUCACAGACUUUGGCUUCAGCAAUCGCUUCCAACCUGGCAAAAUGCUCACCACCAGCUGUGGCUCACUGGCCUACUCGGCACCUGAGAUCUUGCUCGGGGAUGAAUAUGAUGCCCCGGCUGUCGACAUCUGGAGCCUGGGGGUCAUCCUCUACAUGCUGGUAUGUGGCCACCCCCCCUUCCAGGAGGCCAACGACAGUGAGACCCUCACCAUGAUCAUGGACUGCCGCUACACUGUCCCCCCCCACGUUUCAGCACAAUGCGCUGAUCUCAUCUCCAGGAUGCUGCAGCGGGACCCAAAGCAGCGAGCGUCCCUGGAGCAGAUUGAGGGCCAUGCAUGGCUGCAGGGGGUGGACCCGUCCCCCGCCAGCCGCUGCCUGCUGCCCCUCACGUCCCACAAGCGAGUAUCCAAGGAGGAGCACGAAAUCAUCCUCCAGGCCAUGACCUGCGGAAACAUCGCUGACCGGGACACCAUCCAGGAGGCGCUGGAGGCUGACCGCUACAACCACAUCACGGCCACGUAUUUCCUGCUGGCGGAGAGGAUGCUGCGGGAGAAGCAGGAGAAGCAGGGCCAGCGCCUCAGUCUUGUCUACAACUUGGCCAAGGAGGUGCAGAGCAGGACCAACUUAUCGGACACGUUCAACCCCAAGGGCAGCGCCAGCGGCCUCUUGCCCUUCACGGACGCGCCGAGUGGCCUCACCACAAGCUCCCGGCUGCCCCCCCUGCCCACCGGAGGGGACAUGGUGGGCCGGCAGCCUCAUGGGACCCUGCUGAAGGUCCCUGCCAUUGAGACCGCUAUCACAAAGAGCACCCCGGCCCUGCAGCAGAUCUGUGAGGAGGAAGAAGAGGAGGACGAGGAAGAGGAGGGGAAGCCCAGUGCCAUGGAGAGGAAGAGCAGCUCGCUGAACCAGGAGCAGAUGCGAGCUUUCCUGCAUUCCCGCCGCCCAUCUGGCCGUGGGGAGGUGUGGGGGCCAGGGUCCGAGCUGGGGGGCCGGGGCGGGCACCUGGGGGCAGCCUGGGCUGGGAAUGGAAUGAGUGGGGGCUGGGGUCCCCUCGCCAUGUGGGGUGAUGGAGCUGAGCCCCCCAGGAGGGUGGAGGAUGUAGAGCUUGAGGGUUCCUUGGCAGGGUGCCCUGGGGAAAGGGGAGCCAUCCCAUCACCCUGCAGUGGCUCUGCUGGGGUUCCCCAGGCUCCAGGGGCAGAGGUGACCCCCACCACCCCUCCAGGCCCCACAGACAAGUCCCCAGCGCCCGAGUUCCUGAGCAGCCCUGCCCGGUGGUCGGGGGAGAGCUUGGGCCCGGGGGGCACCGAGGGGGGUGUGGAGAAUGUGAUCAAGCUGGACCCGGGCAAGGGCAAGGGGGGCAGCCUGCGGGACAGGCUCCUGCAGUUCCCACUCUGCGAGAAAGCUCUGGCCUUCAAAAUCCAGCCGGGCUCCAAGGAGAGCCUCCUCUCCCUGGGGCAGUUCAACUGCUGCCACGUCAUUUAAACCCCCAUGUGGUGAGGGUCCAGCCCCACUGUGGUGUGUGGGAGGGCACCUGCUCCCCCACCGUGGGUCCCACCUAAGCCCUGUGGAGCAGUGGACGUGGGGGUGAGGGGAGGCACAGUGUCCCUGCUUUGUCACCCCCAGUGGCCACCCCACUGGCAGCCACCCUGGGCACCCGCUGUGGUGCUUGGGACCAGGCAGGAACAGACCCUUGGGACAGGACUGCCCGGGGUGGGAAGCAGGCUGGGGUCUGUCCCCACACUGGCCAGUGAGUCCUCAAACCCCUGGGGCAUCUCCACAGCCCUGCAUGGACCAUGACACAUGCUUUUUUAACUACUAGAAAUAAUAAUUUUUUAAAAUAGUCUAUUUUAAUGUAAUUAAAUAGAGAUUGAUAUAUCCCCCAUUGCUUCUCUGCCUGCAGCCCCUCUGCCACCCCCCAGCCGGGGCCAGGCACAGCCCUGCCCGCGGCUGCCGGUGACCCAAAGCCCUUCCCUUCCCUGCCUCCCCCUCCCCCCUGCAAAUAAGCAUCCUAUUUAUUAUCUCUUUGUUUUCUUGCUGGCAAGAAAUGAAUGACGAUUGAAGCGUGGGCUGGAGCUCAGUCCGAGCUGCGCGGCUCGGGCAGAAGUGAUGGGAGCCACUGGGAAACAAAGUUCGUCGGGCCAAUAAAAUAAGCUCGUGGGUUUAUGCUGGUGCCACGUCUUGUUGCAAAACUAUUGCCAUCC